UCCGCUGGGAACCCACCCAGUACUCACCCCGGGGCUGGGUCAGCGCCAGGCCACGAGGGGAGGGAACGGCUGGGUACGGACCCCCAAACCCCUCACUUCUCAUCCGGAUUCCCUUCCACUUUAGGAUGGAGUGGGCCGCAGGGGAACGCAGGAGGGGCCGGUGGGGACUGCCUGCGACCUGGGAACUUGGACUGGGCCUGCUUCUGAGCGUACUGGCCUCCGCCCAGGCCCUGGCCAAGGCUCCAGUCCCCGAUGCACCAGGCUGCUCAAGGGGAAGCUGCUAUCCGGCCACGGGGGAUCUGUUGGUGGGCCGUGCAGACAGACUGACCGCCUCGUCCACCUGUGGCCUGCGAGGCCCCCAGCCCUAUUGCAUCGUCAGCCACCUGCAGGACGAGAAGAAGUGCUUCCUCUGCGACUCCAGACACCCCUUCUCUGCUAGACACAAUCCCAAUAGCCAUCGCAUCCAGAACGUAAUCACCAGCUUUGCGCCCCAGCGCAGGACUGCCUGGUGGCAGUCAGAGAAUGGUGUGUCUGCGGUAACCAUCCAGCUGGACCUGGAGGCCGAGUUCCAUUUCACACACCUCAUCAUGACUUUUAAGACGUUCCGCCCCGCUGCCAUGCUGGUGGAGCGCUCGGCUGACUUCGGCCGCACCUGGCACAUCUAUCGAUACUUCUCCUAUGAUUGUGGAGCUGACUUCCCAGGCGUCCCUUUGGGCCCCCCUCGGUAUUGGGAUGAUGUCGUCUGUGAGUCCCGGUACUCAGAGAUUGAGCCAUCCACUGAAGGCGAGGUCAUCUACCGCGUGCUGGAUCCUGCCAUCCCCAUCUCAGACCCUUACAGCCCACGGAUCCAGAACCUGCUGAAGAUUACCAACCUCAGGGUCAACCUGACUCGGCUGCACACGCUUGGAGACAACCUUCUUGACCCCAGGCGGGAGAUCCGAGAGAAGUACUAUUAUGCCCUCUAUGAGCUGGUCGUGCGUGGCAACUGCUUCUGCUAUGGACAUGCAUCCCAGUGUGCCCCUGCCCCUGGGGCGCCAGUUCACGCUGAGGGCAUGGUGCAUGGGGCCUGCGUCUGCAAACAUAACACACGGGGCCUCAACUGUGAGCAGUGCCAGGAUUUCUACCAUGACUUGCCCUGGCACCCCGCUGAAGAUGGCCACAGCCAUGCCUGCAAGAAGUGUGAAUGCAAUGGGCACUCACACAGCUGCCACUUCGACAUGGCUGUGUACCUGGCAUCCAACAACGUGAGCGGAGGCGUGUGCGACGCGUGUCAGCACAACACAGCCGGGCGCCACUGUGAGCUCUGCCGGCCCUUCUUCUACCACGACCCAGCCAAGGACCAGCGGGACCCGGCUGUCUGCCGCCCCUGUAAUUGUGACCCCAUGGGUUCCCGAGACAGCGGCCGCUGUGAUCCCCAUGAUGACCCUGCGUUGGGGCUGGUCGCCGGCCAGUGUCGCUGCAAGGAACACGUGGCAGGCACCCGCUGCCAGCACUGCCGCGACGGCUUUUUCGGACUCAGUGCCAGUGACCCCCGGGGCUGCCGGAGCUGUCAGUGUGAUGGCCGCGGCACAGUCCCUGGGGCCACCCCAUGUGACCCCAACAGUGGAGCCUGUUUCUGCAAGCGUCUGGUGACUGGACGUGGCUGUGACCGAUGCCAGCCUGGCCAUUGGGGCCUGAGCCACAACCUGCUUGGCUGCCGACCGUGUGACUGUGACAUAGGGGGUGCCUUGGAUCCCCAGUGUGAUGAGGUCACAGGUCAGUGCCGCUGUCGCCAGCACAUGGUUGGGCGACGCUGUGAGCAGGUGCAACCUGGCUACUUCCGGCCCUUCCUGGACCAUCUUACUUGGGAGGCGGAAGACUGCCAAGGCCAGAUGUUGGACGUGGUGGAGCGAGUUGCAACCACAGGGGUCACUCCGUCCUGGACUGGGCCAGGCUUCGUGCGGCUUCGAGAGGGACAGGUGCUCGAGUUUCUGGUGGCGUCUGUGCCACGGGCCAUGGACUACGACCUGCUGCUACGCUUGGAGCCACAGGCUCCCGGUCAGUGGGCAGAGCUGGAGCUGACAGUGCAGCGCCCAGGGCCCGUGUCUGCUGGCAGCCCGUGUGGGCAUGUGCUCCCUCAAGAUGACCGUAUCCGAGGGACUCUGCGACCAGACGUUAGGUACACUGUGCUUCCCAGUCCUGUCUGCCUUGAGCUUGGCGUCUCAUACACGCUGCGUUUGGAGCUGAUGCGAGCAGGGGGAGGCUCCCAGCCUGGGAGCCCUUACACUGGACCUGGCCUCCUCAUUGACUCUCUGGUGCUCCUGCCCCGGGUCCUGGUGCUGGAGAUGUUUAGUGGGGGUGAUGCCGCUGCCCUGGAGCGCCGUGCCACCUUUGAACGGUACCGCUGCCAUGAGGAAGGUCUGACGCCCAGCAAGACCCCACCCUCUGAUGCCUGCGCCCCCCUGCUCAUCAGUGCAUCUGCUCUGCUCUACAACGGUGCCCUCCCCUGUCAGUGUGACCCCCAAGGCUCACUGAGUUCUGAGUGCAACUCCCAUGGCGGGCAGUGCCAGUGCAAACCUGGAGUGGUGGGGCGUCGCUGUGACCGCUGUGCCCCUGGCUACUAUGGCUUUGGCCCCAUGGGCUGCCGAGCCUGCCAGUGCAGCCCCGAGGGAGCACUCAGCACCCUGUGCGAAGGGACCAGUGGGCAAUGUCCCUGCCGAGCUGGCGCCUUUGGACUCCGCUGCGACCACUGCCGGCAUGGCCAGUGGGGCUUCCCCGCCUGCCGUCCGUGUGUCUGCCACGGGCACGCGGAUGAGUGUGACGCCCACAUGGGCACUUGCCUGGGCUGCCGUGAUCACACCGGGGGCGAGCACUGUGAAAGGUGCUUGGCUGGCUUCUAUGGCGACCCACAGCGGCCCUACGGGGGCCAGUGUCGGCCCUGCCCUUGCCCUGAAGGCCCUGGGAGCCAGCGCCACUUUGCUACCUCUUGCCACCUGGACGGCUACUCCCAGCAAGUGGUGUGCCGCUGCCGGGCAGGCUAUACAGGGCCACGGUGUGACGCCUGUGCUCCAGGACACUUUGGGGACCCAUUGAGACCAGGCGGCCAAUGCCAACGCUGUGAGUGUAGUGGGAACAUUGACCCCAUGGAUCCUGGUGCCUGUGACCCCCACACGGGGCAAUGCCUGCGCUGCUUACACAACACAGAGGGGCCACACUGUGCCCACUGCAAGCCCGGCUUCCAUGGGCAGGCUGCCCGACAGAGCUGUCACCGCUGCACGUGCAACCAGUUGGGCACAGAUGCCCAGCAGUGCCUGUCCACCAGCUGGUGUCACUGUGACCCGAGCAGUGGUCAGUGCCCAUGCCUCCCCAACGUCCAAGGUCUGAGCUGUGACCGCUGUGCCCCCAACUUCUGGAACCUCACCAGUGGUCAUGGCUGCCAGUCCUGUGCUUGCCAUCCAAACUGGGCCACAGGCCCCACCUGCAAUGAGUUCACAGGGCAGUGCCACUGCCGGGUGGGCUUUGGCGGGCGGACCUGUUCUAAGUGCCAGGAGCUGUACUGGGGAGACCCCGGACUGCAGUGCCGUGCCUGUGACUGUGACCCUCGUGGGAUAGACUCACCUCAGUGUCACCGCACCACGGGCCACUGCAGCUGCCGCCCGGGCGUGUCUGGCGUGCGCUGUGACCAGUGUGCCCGUGGCUUCUCGGGGGUCUUUCCUGCCUGCCACCCCUGCCAUGCCUGCUUUGGAGACUGGGACCGUGUGGUGCAGGAUCUGGCUGCCCGUACACGGCGCCUGGAGCAGCGGGCGCGGGAGCUGCAGCAGACGGGUGUGCUGGGCGCCUUCGAGAGCAGCUUCUGGAGCAUACAGCAGAAGCUGGGCACUGUGCAGGGCAUUGUGGGUUCCCGGAACACUUCAGCGGCCUCCAUUGCACAACUUGUGGCAGCCACAGAGGAGUUGCGGCGUGAAAUCGGGGAGGCCACUGAACACCUGACCCAGGUAGAGACGACGCUGACAGAUGUGCAGGAUGAGAACUUCAAUGCCAACCAUGCACUGAGUGGGCUGGAGCGGGACGGGCUUGCCCUGAACCUCACGCUGCGACAGCUCAGCCAGCAUCUGGACUUGCUCAAGCACUCGAACUUCCUGGGUGCCUAUGACAGCAUCCGACAGGCCUACAGACAGUCCACAGAGGCAGAACAGCGUGCCAAUACCUCGGCCCUGGCAGUGCCCAGUCUCGUCAGCGACUCAGCACGCACCCGGCACAAGGCAGAGGGGCUGAUGCGUGCCCAGAGGGCAAACUUCAACCGCAAACAUGCAGCCAACCAGCGUGCCCUAGGCGAAUUGGCUGCCCGUACCAACACUCUGAGCCUGACUGGCAUCAAUGAAUUGGUAUGUGGGGCUCCAGGGGAUGCACCUUGCUCUACAAGCCCUUGCGGGGGCGCUGGCUGUCGGGAUGAGGAUGGGCAACCCCGCUGCGGGGGCCUCAACUGCAAGGGUGCCGCAGCCAUGGCGGACCUGGCGCUGGGCCGGGCCCGGCACACGGAGGCAGAGCUGAAGCGGGCACUGACUCAAAGUGAUGACAUCCUCAGCCAGGUGGCUGAGACCCGUCGGCAGGCUGGCGAGGCCCAGCAGCGGGCCCAGGCGGCCCGAGACAAGGCCAAUGCCACCCGAGGACAGGUGGAACAGGCCAAUCAGGAGCUGCGGGAACUGAUCCAGAGUGUGAAGGACUUCCUUAGCCAGGAGGGGGCUGACCCCGAUAGCAUUGAAAAGGUAGCCACACGCGUGCUCGAGCUCUCCAUCCCAGCCUCACCGGAGCAGAUCCAGCACCUGGCAGGGGCAAUUGCCGAGCGGGUCCGCAGCCUGGCAGACGUGGACACGAUCCUGGCACACACCGUGGGGGAUGUGCGACGGGCCGAGCAGCUAAUGCAGGAUGCACGCCGGGCAUGGACCCGGGCUGAAGGUGAGAAACAGAAAGCAGAGACAGUGCGGGCAGCACUGGAGGAGGCCCGGAGAGCGCAGGGUGUUGCCCAGGGUGCCAUCCGGGGGGCAGCUGUUGACACUCAGGACACAGAGCAGACACUGCACCAGGUACAGGAAAGGAUGUCAGGGACAGAACAGGCCCUAGGCUCUGCAGGAGAGCGGGCACGGCAACUGGAUGCUCUCUUGGAAUCUCUGAAACUGAAACGGGCAGCUAAUAGCCUGGCAGCCUCUCGGGCCGAAGAAACGGCAGGCAGUGCCCAGAAUCGCGCCCAGGAGGCCGAGAAGUUACUACAGGGCCCCUUGGGUGACCAAUACCAGAGGGUGAGGGCGCUGGCGGAGCGUAAGGGCCAGAGCGUACUGGCAGCACAGGCCCGGGCAGAGCAACUGCGGGAUGAGGCUCGAGGACUGUUGCAGACUGCUCAGGACAAGCUGCAGCGGUUGCAGGAGCUGGAAGGCACCUACGAGGAGAACGAGCGGGCGCUGGAGGGCAAGGCGGCCCAGCUGGACGGGCUGGAGGCCAAGAUGCGCGGUGUUCUGCAAGCCAUCAAUCUGCAGGUCCAGAUCUACAACACCUGCCAGUGACCCAGGCCCAGGGCCUACCUUAGCACUCUGCCCUGCACACGGGACUGUCUCUAUGCCCGAAAAUAGUUCCUGGCCCAGCAAGGCUCCCAAUAAACUUUUGUGAACCCCCA